AAAAAAUGCCAUGUUUCUGAAAAUCAGUCCUACCUUUCAGACAGUAGCCAAUCAGCGAGAAAGGAAGGAGGAGCUACAAUGUCAGAGUUCUUCGUCCCAAGUCACACGUGACCGCGCAGUAGUUCCAGGUGGUUAUAUCUGAAGAUUGGAGACGAUGGAGCUGAAGUGGAGAGUGUGCCUGCUCCUCCUGGCCCUGGCCUGGUCUCUGGCUCUGGUACGGGCUCAGGACGAGGGAGAUGACCUAGACGUGGAGGACGACCUGGACGCCAUGGGAGACGAGGUGGGAGACGAGGGCGACGGAGUGGACGAGGGGGAGGAGGAGAAGCCCCCCAGCCCACCGCCCGCCCCAAAAGUGACCUACAAAGCACCUGAGCCGAUGGGAGAUCACUACUUCGCCGAGUCUUUCGACAGGGGAACGCUCGAUGGAUGGGUCCUGUCUAAAGCCAAGAAGGAAGAUAUCGAUGAAGAAAUCGCCAAAUAUGACGGGAAAUGGGAAGUGGAGGAGCUGAAGGACACCAAACUCCCCGGAGACAAGGGCCUGGUUCUGAAGUCGCGCGCGAAGCACCACGCUAUCUCUGCCCACCUGCUCAGGCCCUUUGUCUUUGACACAAAGCCCCUUAUUAUCCAGUAUGAAGUAAACUUCCAGACGGGUAUCGACUGCGGCGGGGCCUACGUCAAGCUUCUCUCCCAGACGCCUGACCUCGACCUGGAUCAGUUUGUGGACAAGACGCCCUACAGCAUCAUGUUCGGGCCCGACAAGUGCGGAGAGGACUACAAGCUGCACUUCAUCUUCCGCCACAAGAACCCCAAAACGGGCGAGUACGAGGAGAAGCACGCCAAGAAGCCCGACGCCGACCUGCGCACCUACUACACGGACAAGAAGACGCACCUGUACACGCUGGUGCUGAACCCGGACAACAGCUUCGAGAUCCUGGUCGACCAAACGGUCAUCAACAGCGGGAACCUGCUGACCGACGUGACCCCCCCGGUGAACCCCGCGGCCGAGAUCGAGGACCCCGACGACCACAAGCCGGAGGACUGGGACGAGAGGCCCAAGAUCCAGGACCCCGAGGCGGUCAAGCCGGAGGACUGGGAUGAAGACGCCCCCGCCAAGAUUCCGGACGAGGACGCCGUGAAGCCCGACGGUUGGCUGGACGACGAGCCGGAGUACACCUCCGACCCCGACGCCCUGAAGCCCGACGACUGGGAUGAGGACAUGGAUGGGGAGUGGGAGGCUCCCCAGGUUCCUAACCCCAAGUGUGAGACCGCCCCUGGGUGUGGUGCUUGGGAACGGCCCAUGAUUGACAACCCCAACUACAAGGGCAAGUGGAAGCCUCCAAUGAUUGACAACCCCAACUACCAGGGGGUGUGGAAGCCCAGGAAGGUCCCGAACCCGGACUUCUUCGAGGACCUGCACCCGUUCCGCAUGAGCCCCUUCAACGCCGUGGGGCUGGAGCUCUGGUCCAUGUCCUCCGACAUCUUCUUCGACAACUUCUUCAUCAGCUCGGACCGCAGCGUGGCCGAGCGCUGGGCCAGCGACGGCUGGGGCCUGAAGAAGGCGGCAGAGGGCGCCGCUGAGCCCGGCCUGGUGAAUCAGAUGAUGACGGCCGCAGAGGAGAGGCCCUGGCUGUGGGUGGUGUACGUGCUGACCGUGGCACUGCCUGUCGUCCUCAUCGUCGUCUUCUGCUGCACUGGCAAGAAGAAGCCAGAGGCCGCGGAUUACAAGAAGACUGACGAGCCCCAACCCGAUGUGAAGGAGGAGGAGGAGGAAGAGGAGGGAGAGGGUGAGGAUAAGCCUGAGGAAGAGGCAGAGGAGGGCAAGGAGGAAGAGGAGAAACAAGCAGAGGAGCACAAGAGCGAUGGAGAGGACGGCCCGGAGGAGCCUGUGGCCAAGGAGGAGGACGCGGAGGAGGAUGAGGAGGACGGAUCCGACGAGAAGCAGGAAGACGAUGUCUUGAGAAGGUCUCCCAGAAGCAGGAAAGUGAGAAAGGACUGAAGGACUGGAAUCUUGGAUCUGGUUAGCGCCUCACCCACCUCCCCCAGUCCCUCCUCCCGCCGCCCCGCCCUGCCCCGCCUUCCCGUCCUCGUCCAGCCCCGCCCCUCCUCUCCUAUUGGCUGUCUCUAACUCGCAUCUCUCAGCCGUGAAAAUCCACAGGGAGAAACUCCCAUCUCCGUCGAGAUCAGCAGAACACAAUCAUUGUCAUGGUCUGGGACAGCAGCGGUGACGAAUACAACAAGUAGAGACUGGCUUUACUGAGCUGAAACAAACCCUUCGCCAUUCCGUAGUGCAGCAGACACUAACUUAAGGCCCCAGCCACACCUCUGGCCAUUUCUCCUCCCCAGACAGCUUCUACACACAGUAUUAACCAACUACCGAUAAUCCAAACACUAAACGGUUGUGUAGCCCACGUAGUUUGAUUAGAGUUGAGGUAGCUCCUUCGUGUCUGUGUGUUUCAGGAAUUGUGCGAAUGACCACAUAUCUCUUGCAUUGAAAGGCUGUAUGGUCUCUUCCCCCACCCCCUCCCCUCCCCUCCCCCCCCCCCCAGAUGACACACGUCUCUUCUGGGAGUAACAUUGAGGAAGAAAAAUGGAUUGGCUUUCUCAUAAUUAUGUGUUUAAAAGAAAAAGCCUGUUUUGUUUAGUUUUAAUUUGCUAGUGUCUUUUUUUAUUUUUCACUGUCUAAAGUUAAAGUGUCAGAAAUUAACCCCUCGCACUCGGCGGCUGGUUGCGCGAGGUUCUCCUGCACGUGCUCAGUAGCGCCGCUCCGCGGGGCCGAGGCUCUGAGAAGUGGGAGGAGUCCGGCGGGCCCAGUAGGUUAGAACGCGCUGCCUUACAGUUCUAGAAUGCAAGGAUCGCUGAAACUUUCCUGAAUGUAAUGUGAGUGUAUUUUUUAUAUAUCUAUAUUAUAACACAAGCAACUUUUUUUCCCUUUGAUCUUUUCAUUGAUUCCAUUGUUGUUGUUUUUUUUUUUUUUCCAUAAUGUAGGGGACUGUUUGUUAUGUUUGUAUGUCAUGGAAUAAAGAAAAAGUAUUUUUCAGUGCGGUGUGACAGAUGAAAAUGAAUCAGUACGCGGUAUUCUUCACGGUGAUGGUGAUGGUGAAGGAGUGCUAGCAGGCAGUAAAACGAGGGCUCUGUUGCGUUGGGCACGCUCGUGUGUGUGUGAGGGAGGGGCCCCUGGUGACUCACCGGUGGGAAAUUUCCCGCAGUGUCUUUGCGGGCCUCCUCGUUGGAGGAUGAGUAAACCCGCGUGCUCCUCGUUGGUGGGCGAGUCGGCUCCAAAUCACAUCCUGUGACCUCAUUUCCUGGCAGCACAUUUUUGAUUUCGAGUGACGGGGGCGCGCAAGCCCCCCCCUGAGCGUUUGGGCAGACGGGGGAGGCUUCUGAGGUCGUUAAAAGGAAGUGUAGGAACCACGUUGAACAGGGUCGCUCUGAAAAGUGAGGCUGAACAUUCUCUAGCAUCCAAGCUUAUCAAUCUGCUCCAAAACCAUACCUCUGCCAGUGGUGCCCAGCCCCCCCACCCCCAUCCCCAGGAUCUCCUUGCUGUUUGGGGCUGUGUGUACCCCGUGUGACAAGUUCUGCAUUUGGCUCGGCCUGGUGUGUUACCUCAUUUCACUUGCAUACUGGUGACCCUGUGAACACUGCGGCAGAUGUGGUUAACACUUCAGCGUGGUGAGAAAAAGCCCAAAAAGCCAAUACGUUUCCAAGCCCCUGUUUGCCGCCAUCUCCCCGUUUUCAAAAUGACAGAACUCUUCUCCUCUUGUGUCUUCUGUAGGCUUAUAAGAUUGAGUGAGAGGGAGGCAUGCUGUAAACAAGCUUUUCUUAAGGCCAUUGAAGGUUACUGUGGAUGUUCUGAUUCAUUUGGCCCAAAGUUAUGCCUGUGUAAAGAAAAGGAAUAAAGCAAAAUUGUGGUUGUUGCUUUUAAGAUUAAAAAGGUUAAAAUGAAGAGGGGUUUUGAUAAGUUGUUUUGAAGCGGAGAGUGUAUAGGAUGCUAGCUCACACUUUUAUCCACACAGAGAGGGAAUUUAUCAGACUGUUAAAAUGGAUGGUAAAGUAUCCACGAGAGAACAGAGGCGGACGAGCAGUUUAUGUGGGUGCUCUCCAUCUCCUCCUAAAAUAGGAGUAAGGUGUGUCUUGAGUUGGGGGGUUGCAGCAGGUGAAGUUCUGAUGUCAAACUUCUAUCAAGAGUGGGAACUGCCACUGUGUACUGCAGGUUAAAACGUAUGUCUGUCAUAUGUCGUAUUAUAACCACGCCCUGCUUUCUCCAUUGUACCUGGCAUACAGCACAUGCACACAAACACAGUCCACAACAAUCAUGAAAUGUCGGUACACCAGUUUCUUCCUGUCAAAGAAUAUUCAGUUUGAUUCGAUUUUACAUUCCAAGAGCGCCAAAAAAAAUGCAUUUCAUCUAGUGUUGGAAAGGGCUUUACUUGUCUGUCUGCAAGCUUUAUUACAACUCAUAACUAGUCCCAGUUGUCACCUCUUUCUUUCCCCCCCCAUUGUUGUAGAUGUAGCCAGAAUUAAAAAAAUUUUUUGUCCCUUGAUAAUUUUUUCCAAAACUGUUGAGAUACAGUAAUUUCAAUUCACACUCUUCCGCAAAGACGGCACUGUGCAGUGCGCUGGUAAAGAUGCACCCUGCUCCUGGUUGCAGGCCCUCUGGGUAAAUCCAGAGUUUGAACAGCAGGUGGAACUGAAAGAUGCGCGUAGGUUUCUAACUCAUUAAUCAUGUAUACUAGUCCUAGAAGCUAUGAUAAUACAUUUGGUUAUAACUGUUCUGAUUUUUUUUUGUUGUUGUUGUCUCCUAAUAACAUUUGAAAUUGAUCUCUAAAGAGUGGAUUUUUUUAUUGUAAUUAUUUAAUGCCACGGUAUGUUUAAAAGAAAAAAAAUCCUUACUCCUUUGUGUUUUGAAUGCAGUCAUCUGUAAAUGGAAACAUGCCAAUUUUUUUUUUUUUUUUUUUUUUUUGCUGGAAAAUAAAGAUCUGAUGAAAUAUG